UGUAUGUGUGGAAUCAUUGCCAUAGAAACUAGUUAUGGAUUUUUUAAGUUUUAUGCCUACGCUAAUUAGACGUAAUUUUGUUCCAGCACUGGUAUUACUGCUGCUGAUUUCACUGAUUUCUCUGGGAGGUUUUACGUCCGGUUGCGUUUCUACAAACACAGAAGAGAAAGCCAAAACCGAAGUCAAUCCCCAUGCUACCACUGGUUUGAAUUUUACAACGGCAAAAAUCAGUGAAAUAAUACCUUAUUUUAAGAGCUUCUUGAAUUAUGCAUCGGGAGAAGUCGUUCCAGUUAUGAAGAGCUUUUUAUAUUAUACAGAAGAGAUAGUUAAGAAGAAAAUCAUUCCCGAUUUCAAUAGAUGUUUGAAUUUUACAGGGGAGGUAAUAUUAAAAGAAGUCAUUCCUUCUGUUAAGAACUUUUUGUAUUCAGCUGAGGAGAAAGCAAACAAAGAAGUUGUUCCUAUAGGAAAGAGCUUUUUGAGUUCUUCAAAUGAUAAAUUGAAUACUGAAGUCAUUCCUUAUGUUCAGAGCUGUUUGAAUUCUACAAUGGCCAUAGUAAUGAAAGAAGUCAUUCCUAUAGUUAAGAGAUUUUUGUUAUCCGUGAAGCAGAAAAUGAACAAGGAAGCCAUUCCUACGGUUAAGAGCUUUUUGUUGUCUAUGAUGGAGAAAAUAAACAAAGAAGUUAUUCCUUGUGGUAAGAGAUAUCUAACUAUUUCGAAGGAAAUAAUACAGGAUGAAGUCAUUCCCUUUAUUAAGAGGUUUUCGUAUGCAGCAGUUAAUAAAGUGUUCAAUGAAGAAAUUAUUCCUACUUUUAACAGCUGUUUGUGUUUUCUAGCGGAGAUAGUGCAAAAGUCGUUUCCUUCUCUUACAAAUGUUGCGAUCUCUGUAGGAAUCUUUUUCGAAGAACAUCCAAGGUUGUUUUUAUUUGUUGUUUUGAUCAUUUGUUGUGUUGUGUUUGGAGACUUUCUUGGUCUCCUUUUUCAACUAAGAUGAUGAAAGACCCUGGAAGAAAU